AUGUUCCCCGCGGUAUCCUUGUUGACAACUCUCCUCCUGACCUUGUCAAUCGCGGCAUCGCUCGUUGAAAUUCGCAAUUCCCCCAUCACGCUCCCCAUCGCCAGGAAAUUGAACGUCUCCAAUGGUACCAUCAACCUCUUGGAGCGUGAUAAAGCUCGCGUGGCUGCCAUUAAGGACCGCUCCUUCAGCACGCUCAAUCGCCGUGCUGGUAGCAUUCCCUUGAUCAACGAAGCUGUCACCUACAUCGCACAAGUUGGCGUCGGCAGCCCUGCUACAACCUAUAACUUGGUCGUCGACACCGGUAGCUCGAACACUUGGGUUGGAGCAACCACUGCGUACGUGCAGACCAAGACCAGCGUCAACACCGGUCAGCCUGUGGGGGUCAGCUAUGGUUCUGGCUAUUUCUUUGGAACUGAGUACACCGACACCGUCACUCUCGGUAGUGGGCUCACCAUUACCAGUCAAUCCAUCGGUGUAUCUACUCCUUCUACGGCAUCCGGCUUCAGCGGUGUUGACGGUAUCCUUGGUCUCGGGCCUCUCGUUUUGACAGAGGGUACUCUGGAAGAUGAACCGACGACGAUGAUCCCGACUGUCACUCAGAAUCUGCACAGCCAGGGCACCAUUUCUGAGAUUGUCGUCAGCGUCUCUUUCGAGCCCACCACUUCUCUGACGGUUACCAACGGAGAGCUCACAUUCGGUGGAACUGAUGCCACCAAAUACAACGGCUCCAUUGCAUAUACUCCUCUUACCACCGCAAACCCUGCGUUAUACUACUGGGGUAUCAACGAGAGCAUUACUUACGGCACCACGACGAUCUUGUCUGCGACGGCUGGUAUCGUUGACACCGGCACCACCCUCAUUUACAUUGCCACCGACGCCUUCGAUAAGUACCAGUCUGCAACCGGCGCUACUCUGGAUGGGACGACUGGUUUUCUCCGUAUUACAUCCACCCAGUACAGCGCCCUCAAAAACCUGGACUUCAACGUUGGCAGCAACACCUACGUUCUCACACCCAACGGCCAGAUCUGGCCCCGUGCCCUCAAUAUAUAUAUUGGUGGUAGCAGCAGCAGCGUCUAUCUCGUUGUCAAUGACAUUGGCACGACCAGUGGUCAAGGUCUCGACUUCAUCAAUGGCUACACGUUCCUCGAGCGUUUCUACUCCGUGUUCGAUACCACCAACUCCCGCGUUGGUUUUGCCACAACCAAAUACACUUAUGCCACUACCAACUAA